AUGGCGACUCACAAUAUAAAUCUUGUGGUCUUAUCGCUCUUACUCUUCUUGGUAUUUGCUUCUCCAGCAGCAGCGUUCGGCGCGGGAAAUAUCGCAUCCAUUUCCAAAAUCGAAGGACAUAACUGGCGUCACGGAGAUAUUGAGGAUACGUUGAAGACAUUAUUAGCUCUUCAAGGAGGGAAAUGGACUACUAUGAACAUUAGACGUGUGUAUUUCGGAAACUGGUUACGUGAUUAUUCGCAAGCGCUGGAUGUGGGCACUCUGAAGAGUGUUAAUAAAGAUACGAUAAGGGUUCUGGUUUGGGUUUUGAGCUUUUUGAGCUUUGGAUAUGCUACGGGGGAGUUCGAGGUUACGGAGGAUAGAUUGGGCGUUUAUAGACCCGAGGAGCACAUUGACAACCCAAAAGGCUAUGCCGAUGGCAUGGAUGCCCGCGUUUACGAUCCACGUCUUCGUCCCCAAGUGCUACCUAUCGAAUUGGGUAUUGACCCAUGGACCGGUAUGAAGAAUUAUAUAGCCAACGAAUCCGGUGGAUGGGCCACCUCGGUGGCUUAUGUCCGGGAAUCCUUAGCUCGCUCUAUCCACUUCGGUCGCUUGUAUACAUCUGGUGGGCAUGGCGUAGCGGGCAACGAAGCCGACCUUUGCGAAGCUCUCCGGUGCCUUGGACAGGCCUUGCAUUGUCUUGAGGAUUUUUCUGCACAUAGCAACUAUGUUGAGCUUGCAUUGCGAGAACUUGGUUUUCUUGCGGUAUUUCCACACACCGGUGUUCAUACCGCAAUAGCUAUCGGUGCACCACCAGGAGCAGAUACUAGAGGGAUGCCGGUACACUUCCCCCUAGUCACUGGUACCUUUGGUGCUGUUGACUUCCUGCACUCGGUACUUGGUGAGGCGCAAGAUAAGUUUUCCCAAACCGAGGUUGAUCCCGACGAACUGUCGGAACUGAACGCGAUCCUUGGAGAUGCCCACGAGCAACAGAAGAAAUCAAAAAAGUCAGGCCAAAAAUCAAUGCUCCAGGAGCUCCUCACCCAAGUCCCAAACAUGAGCGGAUUUUCGAGUGAUGCGGAUAGACUUGAGGCCGACUCCAACGCAAAAGAAAUGGCAAAUAUGCAUAUUUCACCACAGGGAACUCGGGGUCCUGGCCCAGCUGCCCCUGGUUCAUUUGAUCCAGUAAAGACUGCUAGGGAUAUUUACCCAAUUCUUGAGUUCCGUGAUAAGGUCAUGCGUGCGAUUGAAUCCACGAUUGAAAAGAUUCCUGGCCUCUCUGCUCUAGUUGAGAAGAUCUCGGACACCCUCGCACUUUUUGUUCUUGGCCUCCUUGCUCCAUACGUUCAGCCUAUCAUUGCACAGGUCUCAUUAGAACUCAAGGCAGGUUCUUCUCAGGUCGUUGAUUCUUCUGCCCAACAGCAAUAUGCGCCAUGGGACGACGCAAAUUGCACAGAUCCAACUCACUCGCUCCUUUCCAAGGACCAUUUCUCCAAUAUACUCAACGCUCCCGCCGGUGAAAUUGCUUCUGCAAUUGUUAGUUAUACUGUCCCACGUAUUGUAUACGCAUGGGAGAGACCCGAUGCCCCCUUGGAGGUCGUUAUUCCGCAAAUUCUUAGUAUCUUUCACCAUCCUGCUCUUCGACGUGUUGGUCAGGAUUUUGAAAUCCAAGGAAUUAUGUUCUCUGCUGUACAGAGAUGGGUUGACCGUCUCCCUGAUCAUGGCGCUAGCCUCAGCGACGUUCUUUCGUCCGAAGGCGUCAAACAGGGCAGAAACCACACAGGGGGAGUAUUUUGUGGUGGCCAUGGAGGAGGUCAUGGAAAAACUAAAGGUGGGGAGUGGGAUAAAGCAAAGAAGUCGAAGAAGGAUGGAAAGGGUAAGAAGAAUGACCCUUUCGCAAAGAUUCCGGGUGUCUCUAGUACCUCUGGUGGUGGUGUAAGUGUUGCUGGCAUAAAGCUGCCGGGGGCAAUAGGUGGGGCGUUAGGGGGGUUCUUGGAUGCUGCAAACCAGGGUUACAACGACGCAAAUCAAAAGAAAUCAAAGGAUGGAAAAUCAAAAGAUAAGGACAAAGACGAGAAAAAGAAGAAGGAUAAAUACGAUGAUCAUGGUGAGAAAAAGGAUAAGAAGGACAAGAAAGACAAGGAUAAGGAUAAGGAUAAGUAUAAAGAAAAGGACCAUAAGGACAAAGAUAAGAACGAUUCCAGGGAUAAAAAAGAUAAGAAGGACAAAAAGCACAGGGAUGAAGACUCAGGCGAUGAACGACGCCGACAUGAUCAACACAGCGGGUAUAGGUAUUGA